GCCAAACCAGCAGGAUUGUGGUGACGUACGUGCGCGCGCCGCACCUGACUCACCUUUGUGGUUUAACGAGGCGCGAGAGCACGGACAAGGAGCCUGAACCUGUGUGUGGGACCACUUUAUAUUUAUGUGUCUCUAUUUUUCGGUGAAAACAUGAGUAAAACGAAGAAUAAGAGUGAUAAUAAGACGGAAAAGGCUUUGGCUGCGGAGAAAGAACAGUUCGGAAAACAACAGCUCCACAGCAUCAGCAAAGCUGUCACCACAGCUGAAACACCACCAAAAGACAAACAUGUACGCAAUAUCAUCAUGGGAACUCAUAAAGAGGGUGGAGCUACGGCCUUCUGGUCGUAUGUCUUGAACCUACCUCUAUCCAGCAACUCCAUUGUGAGCUGGAAGUUUUGCUAUCUGGUUCACAAAAUCCUCAGGGAUGGACACAGAAAUGUGGUGACGGAUUCUUACAGAUACUGUCGUAAUGUGAAAGAUAUGGGCACCCUCUGGGGAAACUUGCAUGAUCGAUAUGGGCACAUUGUCGCCUUGUCUUCCAAAUACCUCUGCCAAAAAAUGGAAUUUCAUAAAAAGCACAAGGUUAUCCCAGGCAACCUGGAGGCCAGUGAUGAGACUUUGGAGAAGGAAGCAGGAAGUGACAUGAACAAAGUGCUGGAUAUGACACAGGAGCUGUUGGAUUACCUGGAUGCUGGACUCAAGAUGGCUGACACAGUAUUUCGCCAGGUGGAGGCCAACCAGGCCAAAUCUACAACUCCAGCUGGGCAGUGCAGACUGAUCCCACUCAUACCUCUCAUACAGGACUGCAGCUUUCUCUAUCACUUCUGUGUGCGAUUGUUGUUUAAGCUUCACAGCCGCAUUUCUCCAGAUGUUCUUCUUGGACACAGAGACCGGUUCCGUGAUCUGUUUAUGAGCCUCACACAGUUCUUUGACAAAGCCAGAGAAAUGGAGUUCUUUAAAACUUUCAUCCAGAUCCCAGAUCUCCCAGAUGCUCCUCCAAACUUCCUCCGAGCCGCUGCCUUGGCUGAGUACAAAAAACCAGUAGUAGUGACGCCAAAUGAGGAGCAUCAUGAGGAGGAGGAGGAUGUGGAGCCACAACCAGAGUUUAGAGAAGCUUCUCAAAUGCCACAGUACUAUCUGCUCAACCAAAUGAGAACACCUGAUUCUUCAGUGGAGCAGAGAGAAAUGGAAAAUGACAGUCUGAAGAGAGAGCUAGAUGUUCUGAAACCAGAAUUACAGAUCUUCAAGAAUGAGGCUCAGAGGUGUGUAACAGAGUUAAAGAGUCAAGUGAACCGACUGCAGGCUGAGGUCGAGGAGCAGCGCACCCACAAGCAGAUGGCAAUGGUUGAAAACGAACACCUGCGCAUGGAAGUGGAGGCUUUACGAAGCACUAAUGUGGCUAACAUCGGGGCACAGAUUGGAUUCAAGGAGGCAGAUGGCAGAGCUCAAGCAGCAGAGCUUCGUUUCACUCAACUUAAAGAGAGACAUGCAGAGCUGGUUAGCAGCCAUGCUGACCUAAUGAAGAAGAAUACAGAAACGGUGAAGAUUAUGUCAAGCACCAAACAAGAGCACGAUGAUUUGCAGAGGGCUAAAUAUCAGCUAGAAACUGAGCUGGAAAAUCUACGACGGGAGAAAAGCAACGUGAUGAAUCAGCAGCAGAUGGAGGUGGACCGCCUGAACCAAGAACUGCUGGAGCAAAGAGCAGAGCUUGCCACCUUGCGCAGUACUCUGGAGAGUAAAGAGAAGGAGGGAUCUCAGGUGAGCAGCAGUUUGACAGCUCUGCAGGCUGAGCGGGAAGUGCUGCUACGCUCUGCAAGAGAAAAAGAUGCAGAGCUUACCACUCUGAGACAACAGGCACAACUGCAGCAGAGCUCCCUGGACUUGGAGAGAGACAGGACCAACCAAGAGCUGGAGGAUCUGAGAGCUCAGCUACAGCAGCAGCUUGCCAUAAAUGCAGCACAGAAGUUGGAAAUUGACAGGCUCAAGCGAGAUUUGGAAUCCACACGAGCAGAACUGACACAAGCAAACAACAUCCUGCAAAGCAAAGAAAUGAGUGGUACCCAGCUAAACAACACACUGGCAGGGCUGCAGGUGGAAAAGGAGGGGUUGCUGCGUAUGAUGCGGGAACAGGAGGCUGAGCUGAAAACCCUCAGACAACAAACUCAUCUUCAACAGUCCUCUCUAGAGCAGGAGAGGCAGAGGAGCAGCAUGGAACUGGGAGGCUUACAUGCCCAGUUACAGCAACAGGCUUCUCGUGAAAGUCAGCUAGCCCAGAAGCUGCAGGAGGAGCAGUUUUGUCUGCUACAGUGUGCAGUGGUGGAAGCUGAGGGCAUCAUACUGGACGCUGUGGCCAAACUGGAUGACCCUAUACAUGUCCGCUGCAUCAGCUCUCCUGAUUAUUUGGUGAACCGAGCGGAAAUCACCCUGAAUUCUAUUGACAAAAUGCAGCAGAGCCACUUGGCCUAUCUGGGAAACAGUAAUGAUGCCAGUGGUUUGCUAAGAGCAGUCACACAGUUUUCCCACCUUGCUGCUGACACAAUUGUUAACGGAUCGGCAACAUCUCACUCAGCCCCUGUCGACCAGGCGAACUAUCUGACUGACAGCUGUCGGGACUGUGCCAAUCACUGCCUUCACUUCUUGAAGGAUUUGAAGAUUCAGGCGAGUUUACAGCGAGCAGACCCGUCUGCAAUACGCUAUACUGUUCAACGUAUCCUCGCUGUAGGACAGGAUUUGCGUCCGAAAGGGCAUGAUGUGCUAAAAGAAGAACUAGGAAGCAUGGUGGACAAAGAGAUGCUCGCCACAUCUUCUGCCAUUGAAGAGGCUGUCUUGCGAAUGGAUGAAAUACUGAGUCAGGCAAAGAAAGACAAUACUGGUGUCAAACUGGAGGUCAAUCAGAAUAUCCUGGGAUCCUGCUCAGACCUGAUGAAGGCUGUUCACAUGCUGGUGACUGCUGCUACUGACCUACAGAAAGACAUUGUGGAAGGAGGAAGGGGUGCAGCAACUGUUACUGAAUUCUAUGCCAAAAACUCUUGCUGGACCGAAGGACUCAUCUCUGCUUCCAAAGCUGUGGGCUGGGGGGCCACACAGCUGCUAACCACCUCAGCCGGCAUGGUAAAAGCUGACCGCAACAACAAGAAGCUGAAUACGCUGCAGCAGGCCUCAAGGCAUGUAAAUGACAUGGCUGCUGUGGUCGUCACCUCCACCAAACAUGGGCAGCAGCAGAUCUCUGACCACGGCUUGAUGGACUUCUCCGGCAUGUCUCUGAUCAAGCUUAAAAAAGAAGAAAUGGAAGCUCAGGUUAAGGUGCUGCAGCUGGAGAGCCAGCUGGAACAGGAGCGAGUACGCUUGGGGGAACUGAGGAAGAGGCAUUACGAGCUUGGUGUGUCAGGGGAUGAAGGGGAUGGAGUUGAUAGCUUCCCACCACCGCCACCACCUGCUCUGCUUGACUCCACUGCAGUGCCCCAGUCCUUUGCACAGACACAACCUUAUUCAAACACCCCAGGUUUUUCACAAUCAAAUCCCUUUGCAUCGAAUCAAACACAGUCCUCCUCUCUGCCACAGUCUUACACGCCUUCUCAGACCUACACGCCUUCUCAGACCUACACGCCUUCUCAGACCUACACGCCUUCUCAGACCUACACGCCUUCUCAGACCUAC